AACGACUAGAAGAGGCAAAAAAUUACAAAUCAGCUAACAACAGAAACACACGCCAAGAUUUACCCAGCUCUGUUUGUUCCGAAAAUAUAAGUGCUGUGAAUUAGCUUGGUACAGGUGACUAAUUUCCUCGUCUGCUAGUUCAAUAUCACGAACGCAGUGCGGUGGCAGUGAAAACUUGUGAAUGUUACGCGAGUUUCUACGGUUUCAAUGGAAGGAUUAGUGAUUUAUGACGAUAUUAAGUCCUAACCCGAGAACCUAACCCGAGGAGCUGCUGACCAUGAGAUAAAAAAGCGAGCUUAAGAGACAUCUUUGGCCUAUUUCAACUUAGCUCUUCCUUUAUUUCGCUUGCUCUGUAGUCCACUUUUCCGCUACUGUUAUAUAUUUUAUCCCACUGACAUUUUAAUUGUUUAUUAUUACUAAUUGGCGGCAGACAAAUUAAAAGCAGCAGAGAUUUGUCGUUCGUUUUGUGUACAGAAAUUUAAAACGUGUAAAGUGUCGAGUGAAAGUUCUGGAAAUGGCCGAGAAUAAAGGAAUUUUACUGGCCAAAUCGGUUCAAAAGCACGCUGGAAGGGCGAAGGAAAAGCUCCUUCAAAAUCUUGGCAAAGUCGAUCGUACGGGGGAUGAAAUAUUUGACGAACAUUUAACGAAUUUUAAUCGCCAGCACACUUGCGCUACAAGGUUGCAAAAAGAAUUCAGCAAUUAUAUUAGAUGCAUUCGUGCCGUACAAAAUGCUUCGAAAAGUUUAAUGGAUGCCAUAGCUGAAGUAUAUGAAAGUCAGUGGACGGGCUCGGAGGCCUUAUAUGCUCAGACGAAAUCAAUUGAUACACAAUUCCAACAUUUUUCGUACAAGCUUGCUGAUCAGGUUCUGAAGCAAUUGGAUACAUAUGCAAUGCAAUUUCCAGAAAUGAAGAAAAAAAUCGAUAAGCGAGGACGCAAACUAGUUGAUUAUGACAGCCAAAGGCAUUCGUUCCAAAGUCUUCAAGCUAACGCUGCCAAACGCAAGGAUGACAUCAAGGUUACAAAAGGUCGUGAGCAACUAGAAGAGGCCAAAAGCACAUACGAAAUUUUAAAUUCCGAAUUGCAUGAUGAGUUACCGGCUCUAUUCGACUCUAGAAUACUAUUUUUGGUGACGAACUUGCAAACAUUAUUUGCUUGCGAGCAACAGUUUCACAGUGAAACAUCUAAAGUUUACGCUGAACUAGAGGCGAUAGUCGAUAAAUUGGCUACAGAAUCACAGCGCGGUUCUUACACAUUGAAAAAAAUUAAUGUGAUUUCAAAUCCAUCAAGUCCUGCCCAAUCACCGAUAAAAGCAAACUUAUCGAUUGUGAACACCGUUACCAAUGGUUCGGCAAAUACCAAUGGUCAAGAUACUUCACAAAAUACACAAUUGCCAGAACCUGCUGUGUCCCCGGAAGACGAAGAACAUUCCUAUCAGAACACGGAUGCUAUAAAAGCGGUAGCCGCAACCACAAUCUCAAUGACUGUGGAUAUGAAAUCAAAUGACAAUAAUGUCAGCAAAGAGGAUGCGAAUGAGAUCAAAAUGAAUGAGAGCGGUUCAUCGGAAGAUGCAGAUCCAUCAACGGAAACUUUCGUAACAAACGGUAUGGCUUACCUUCAUCAGUCACAGUUUAAUCAAGAAGAAAUCGUUUCGCUCCAAUCUAUCGUGGCGAUAAACUCUCAAAUGUCAAUGGACGAAGCUUUAGAAAUCACCCAAUCACCUUCGAAUGAUAUAAGCUCUUCAAAAGAUAUCUGUAAACCGCCAAAUACCCUUGAUGAGGAUACUGCUGAUAUUACGAGUAGACCGCUAAGAGUGGUUAAUCAUCCUACAUCGCCAAUCACUACUGGCACGGCUAUUUCACAAACAAGUGCUGCGACUACUGAUUUAUCACCAGGAGUUUUAUAUCGCGUUAAAGCAACAUAUAAAUAUGUUCGUGAGGAUGUAGAUGAAUUAAGCUUUGACGUGGGCGAUAUUAUAGACGUAGUUGAAUAUGAAGACCCAGAAGAUCAGGAGGAAGGUUGGUUGAUGGGAUCGAAAGCAGGCACAAAUGAAAAGGGUAUGUUUCCGGCUAACUUUACCCGGCCAUUGUAAAAAUUCUCCCGCAAAGCAGUGUCGAUCCCUGCAAAUGAAAUCUGGAUAGCGAAUGCUAACGCAAAUAUCUGCUUAGAGAAUUAGCGGCAACCUUCAACAAAGCAGCGAAAUUGCAUAUAAGAACUCACGAUCCUUUCUUCGAUCCACGGCGUCCAAUAAUUCGGCAGCUAGUGUCAGCGUGAUUAGGAUAUGCUCCAUCAUUAUUGUUUUAUAAAUGUGUUAUGUUUCAAUAGUUUGUUUUGCAAUUAAUUGGAAAGCAAUAUCGACGAUAAACGCUUUUAUAUUGCCUUUUAUUGUUUUAUUAAUGUUGAAAAGUUUGCAGUACUCAAUUUGCAAAAGAGCUUAUUAUAUUUUUUCCCGCGAUUUAGUCUUCAUGAAAAUUGUACAAUCAACCACGUCACGUUCUAUAAGAUCACAUGAAAACCCUGCAUACCAAUAUUAUCAUUCGAGAAUACCUGGAUAUCGAGAUAUUCACAAAUAUUAAAAAAGGUGCCUUUUAAAAUAGAACCCAUCCAGCUGGAUUCGAGAGAAGUUACUAACAUAUUUCUAUGUUUCACUUAGUUGUUAUCGUCGUGCCUAUGAGCUAUCAAAAUCAAGCAUUUUCAUUUGGAUUAUAUAUUAUCUAGUUUUAUGAUAAACAAAUUUGUUAACAAAGCCUGCUUAUGAUUUAACCGGUCUAUUGCAUUCACAUAUGGGAAUGUUUCUUGUUUUGGUGUUUAAUAUUUAUAUUUUUUAAAUGGUCAAAUACCGACAGCAUUCGAAACAAACUACGUGGUAUGAAUGGUAUAUGGUAGAAUGGAAUAAUAAAAAAUAAUCUUGUUUUUACUUUUUGUGAAAAGCA